AUGGACUUUUAUUACGAACAACAAACUCCAGUGGAGACGCCAGCAGAAGGUACUCCUGCCCCCAAAGAUGAAAAGACAAAUGAAAUAUUUUCAAAAUUUGAGAAUGAUUUAAACAGUGCUUACGAAAAGACUGCACAAGGGAUCAAAACUAUCAUGGCUGAUGAUAAUAAAGAAGGUAUCAAUCUAAAUAUCCCAAUGGAUGAAGCUACAUCUCGAAAGACCCAAGCAAUACUGACUUCUAUGGAUGAAAAUCUUGCAAAAGUAGAGAAUAUGGCCACUUCAUACUGGGAAACAGUCAAGAAGCCUGGAUUUUGGUCUAAUAUUACAGAUAAUUUGGGAUCACAGUUUGAUAAAGUUGUGCAAAUAACAUCAGAUUCGUUAGGUACACAUUUAAAUGAAGAAAAUUCCAGUUCCAUCAACGGACACACCAUUGCUGGUAAUAGAACCGAAGCUGAAUUAAGUGAACUAUCAACGAACAAGGAUAUCUAUCUUAACAGCGAAAAGGGUAAAGGUAAACCAAUAGACAUUGAUACAAAAACUGAAGAAAUCAGUGAAAUUUUAAAAUCCAAUAAAGAAUUAGAAACAUUAAUGCACUCUAUAGUUCCUCAACAAAUUUCUUACGUUGAUUUUUGGAGUAUGUAUUUGAACAAAAAGGAAGAAAUAUUGAAAAGAGAGGAGACCAGAAAGAAUAUUCUUACCUCAAGUUCUCAAAAUAAGAACGAAGAAGAAGUAAAUUGGGAUGACGAAGAUGAACACAAUGAAAAUGAUGGAAAGGUGCCUGAAAAGACACCUGAAAAGACAGAAAAAUCCGCUAAAGUAGAAGAAGCUGGGAACGAAAGCAGUGCAUCUACCAAAGAUGAAUCUCUUGUUAUUGUCUCAAAGAGUGAUAUCAACGAUGAAGAGGAUGAGAACAACGAAGAAAACGACGAUGAAGAAGAUGACGAUUGGGAAUAA